UUCAAUCGGUGACAGAGGCAGAACUGGCGAGCCUUCCUCCUCCAGCGGCGGCUUGGUGAGACACGGCAGCAGCAGAGUGUGACAAUGGCGGCGCUGCAGCUCAGUAACGGCAACGCGGUGGCAGCUUGCGAGGAUGGCGACGGCAACCCGCAGCGCUGACGGUGACAAGGUUGGUCGCGAGCUUCUCUUCUGCGUGCGUCUCUCUCUAUUCUUCGUCGGUGACGCGACUCCACGGAACGGCAGCGACGACGGAGCACGAACAGCGACGGCGACGGGAGGCACAGCGACGUCUUCUUCCUCCUGCUCUUGGCUCGGGCUCGUCUCCCUCCUCUGGUUCCUUUCGCAAUGGUCCGACUUAAACGGCGAUGGAGGCGCGACGAAGGCACAGCGGCGCUACUCGAAGCUCCAUGAACGGCGGCGACAAAGCCCUCAGCAGCAGCGAUCCUGGGUUCAGCAACUGCACUCUCUGUUGAUCUCUUUCUCCCUCAGACGUGGCAACGACAGCGACGGCGGCACCCAACCCGCCAGCGCCGUCCUCUUCUCCUUCUCCCUCUCUUGUCCGUGUGUGAGUUUGAGUGGGACUGAGUGUGUUACGCUGAAGAAGGUAAAAGAUGGGUGGGGGUGCGGCUGAGGCAAAAGGGUUUAGGGUUAGGGUUUUUUAAUUUAGGAAUUAGCUUUCUGAUUCAAUUUG